AUGUCUUCUGUAACAAACCCAGUUCUCAUAACACUUCAAAAACCUCAAAUUUCUUCACUUUUUUUGUCACCCAAAAGAGUUUCAACUUCAACCAGUUAUGCCUUGUUGAAGUCUCCAACACUUCAAUUUGAGGCUAAAGAUUCAACCUUGGUGAAGGCCUUGGGAGUAAGACAAAGAAGGUUUAAAGUUGUUGUUGCAGCAUUAGCAGCUGAUGCUGAUGAUAGUGAAAUUGAAAUUUCAAAUGGGUCAGUCAUAUCCUCAAAGAGUUUUGGUGAGAAAUUUCCUGCAUUGGUUACUGGUUUCUUUUUCUUUAUGUGGUACUUCUUAAAUGUGAUUUUCAACAUACUCAACAAGAAAGUCUACAAUUAUUUUCCAUAUCCAUUUUUUGUUUCUGUUGUACAUCUCCUUGUUGGGGUGGUAUAUUGCCUUCUUUCUUGGGGUCUAGCUCUACCAAGACGCGCACCAAUGAAUAAGGAGCUCUUGUUACUAUUGACUCCAGUUGCAUUUUGUCAUGCCCUUGGUCAUGUUAUGUCCAAUGUAUCAUUUGCUGCUGUUGCUGUAUCUUUCACACAUACCAUAAAAGCUCUGGAGCCAUUUUUCAACGCUUCAGCUUCCCAGUUUGUUUUAGGCCAACAUAUUCCCUUAUCUCUAUGGCUAUCUUUGGCCCCUGUUGUUUUUGGUGUAUCAAUGGCAUCACUAACUGAACUGUCUUUCAAUUGGACUGGUUUCAUUAGCGCAAUGAUUUCAAAUAUUGCGUUUACAUACAGAAGUUUAUAUUCUAAGAAAGCAAUGACGGGAAUGGACAGUACGAAUGUGUAUGCCUAUAUUUCAGUAAUUGCGCUCGCCUUUUGUAUUCCUCCGGCAAUACUUAUUGAGGGACCCCAACUCAUGGAAUUUGGAUUUAGAAAUGCUAUAGCCAAAGUAGGACUGAUCAAGUUUUUGUCUGAUCUUUUCUGGAUUGGGAUGUUUUACCAUCUUUAUAAUCAGCUUGCUACUAAUACUUUGGAGCGCGUUGCGCCACUGACACAUGCAGUUGGAAAUGUGCUGAAGAGAGUUUUUGUCAUUGGAUUUUCAAUAGUGGUGUUUGGCAACAAGAUAUCUACACAAACUGGCAUUGGAACUGCGAUUGCAAUUGCAGGUGUUGCCAUCUACUCUCUGAUAAAAGCAAACAUGGAAGAACAAAAACGGAAAGCUGCGCCUGCUACAACCCCUGCAUCGUAA